GUGGCACCGUGGGGGGGCACGCGGGGGGCGGGCAGUGCCGCGGCACGCCGCGGGGAGGGGUCUCAGCCGGGACAGCCCCUCCCGGGGCGGACCCACGGGGUGACCCGCCGGGGCCGCCUCCCGCGUCCCCCCACGCCGCGACCGCGGGGCGGGGCCUGGACACUCCGCUCCGCACUGCCCCACCCGUCCGCCGCUGGAGAGGGGCGAGCAGCACCGGGACCCACCGGCAACACCGGGAUCCACCGGCAGCCCCGGGACCCGCGGGCAGCACCGGGAUCCACCGGCAGCACCGGGAUCCACCGGCAGCCCCGGGACCCGCGGGCAGCCCCGGGACCCACCGGCAGCCCCGGGCCGAGCCAGGGCCGGGGAGCUGCGCCAGUCCCUCCCCGCCGCGCCGGGCCGCGGGUGUGGCGGGGACGCCCCAGGCCGGUGACAUGGCGGGGGGGGGCGCGGGGUUGGCCAAGCGCCUGGGGACCUUCUUCUCGGGGGUGCUGGAGUGCGGGGCCUUCUGCGGCAUCAUCUUCGGCUGGGCCUCCCUCGUCUUCGUCCUCAAGGACCUGGGCUACUUCAGCGACUUGUGCCAGCCCAACGCCACCCACAACCGCAACGAGACCCUGCUGCGGGGCUGCAGCCGGCAGGAUGGACAGUUCGCCCUGGUCUUCACCAUCGGCUCCUUCAUGAACAACUUCGUGACCUUCCCCAUGGGCUUCAUCUUCGACCGCUUCGGCACCACCGUCGCCCGCCUCAUCGCCAUCUCCCUCUACACCGGCGGGACCCUGCUCGUCGCCUUCUCCACCCCAGAGCUGGCGGUGCUGCUCUUCCCGGCCAUGUCCAUGCUGUCGGUGGGCGGCAUCCUCCUCAUCCUCACCAACAUGCAGGUGGGUAACCUGUUUGGGAAGUACCGCUCCAUCAUCAUCACCCUCUACAACGGGGCCUUCGACUCCUCCUCCGCCAUCUUCCUCAUCAUCAAGCUGCUGUACGAGCACGGGCUGUCCCUGCGCACCAUGUUCCUCUUCAUGGCGGCCUGCAGCGCCUGGCACCUGCUGCGCACCCUCUUCCUCAUGCCCCGCACCCGCAUCCCCUACCCGCUGCCGCCCGCCUACGACUACGGGCUGCAGUGCCCGGGGCGGUCCCAGUCGUACCGCACCUACGAGGAGAAGCGCCCGCCGGAGGAGGCCCCGCCCCCCGAGGAGACCCCCCUGGAGCCCAGCGCACCCAGAGGGGGCGUGUCCCCGCCCGGGGCGUCCUUCGGGGCCUGCGUGCGCUCGGGGGUCUUCGCCUGGCACGUGGCGUGGCUGUCGGUCAUGCAGCUGCGGCAUUACCUCUUCAUCGGCACCCUCAACCCGCUGCUCGAGCGCCUGGCGCGCGGAGACGCCGACCUGGUGAGCAGCUACACCAACGCCUUCGCCUUCACCCAGCUCUGCGGGGUGCUCUGCGCCCCGUGGAACGGCCUCAUCCUCGACCGGCACAAGCGGGGCAAGGCCCCCCGCCCCGACGGAGCCCUGGGCGCGCUGGCCGACCUGCGGGCGUCCGUGCUGUCGCUGGCGGUGACGGUGACGCAGUGCGUGCUCUUCUCGAUCUGCGCGGCCGUGCCCGUGCUGCCCGUCCAGUUCGCCACCUUCGUGCUGCAGGUGAUCAGCCGCUCCUUCCUCUACGGGGGCAACGCCGCCUUCCUGGCCGUCGCGUUCCCCCCGCAGCACUUCGGGAAGCUGUACGGGCUGGCCAUGGCACUGUCGGCGCUGGUGGCCCUGCUGCAGUACCCCUGCGUCGCCCUGGUGCGCGGGCCGCUCCGUGGGGACCCCUUCUACGUGAACGUGGGGCUCAUCGCCGUGGUGCUGGUGGCCUUCGUCAGUCCCGUGGUGGUGGCCCGCGAGUGCCGGAGGCGAGCCAAGGAGCUGGAGGCUGCCGGCACCCCCCUCGCAGCCCCCCCAGGCGCCGAGACCCCCACCGAGCUGCCCCACUGAGCCCCGCACCCGCCAGGGGCUGGCCCAGCACCCCGUUUUUCUACUGGAGUUGGGGGGGGGGGGUGCUGUGCCAGUGGGGUGGGGGGUGUCUGCGGGGGAAUAAAUAUCGGUGACCCCUCU